CGUGCCAAGAUGGGAUAUGCCUCUUUCCCUUCGGCUCUGUGCCGGUGUUUGGGAUGGAAGACGGAAUGGCUCUCGUCGGUUCGCUCUUCCAGAGUGUGCUGAGAGGAGUGGAUGCCAGACAGGGGAGUGUUAGGGGUAAGACUGUCCCUGUGUGGCAAGUGGGAUUAAGCAAAUUCAGGCUGCGCAAUUCUGAGGUGGAUCUAACUCUCUUGUGGAACAGGCCCGUUCUUUAUCUGCACACCCACACUUCAUUUGUGUUAAGGGAAAGCGAUAGGGAAAGGCACCAGGAAGUGUGGGGUAAGAACUGCUAGGUGCAGCUAUGUGCAACCUGCCUCCACACAUAUCAGAGGUCAGCUGGAAGUCACCUUGGAAAACUCUCUUCUGAGGAAUCUCAGCCCACCUAAUAUUGAGUGAAGUUCUACUGACAGGGCCCUUCAGACUGGUGUUUCAUAUUCAGUCAUACCUCGGGUUGAAGUAGCUUCAAGUUAAGUAUUUUCGAGUUGCACUCCGCAGCGACCCGGAAGUAACGGAGAGCAUUACUUCCGGAUUUCGCCACUCGCGUAUGCGCAGACGCUCAAAAUGACGUCACGUGCAUGCGCAGAAGCGGCGAAAGGUGACCCACGCACGCGCAGACGCACAGUCGCGUCUUAUGUUUACUUCAGGAUGCGAAUGGGGCUCCGGAACGGAUCCCGUUCAUAUCCAGAGGCUCGGGUUACAAACACCUCGGAUUACAGACGCUUCGGGUUACAAACUCCGCUAACCCGGAAGUAGUACCUCGGGUUAAGAACUUUGCCCCAGGAUGAGAACGGAAAUUGCGUGCUGACGGCGCGGCGGCAAUGAGAGGCCCCAUUAGCAAAAGCGCGCCUCAGGUUAAGAACGGUUUCAGGUUAAGAACGGACCUCCGGAAUGAAUUAAGUUUGCAAUCCGAGGUGGUACCUCGGUUUUCAAACAUAAUCCGUUCUGGAAGACCGUUUGAGUUCCAAAACAUUCAAAAACCAAGGCGCAAAGGGCGGUCUGCAAAUUCAAUUGAGAAAAACACAAUGGAAGCUGUUGGACUUCCGAGGAGUGUUCGAAAAUGGAAGCAUUUACAGCGUUCAAAUUCCGAAACAUUCAUCAACGGAGACGUUUGAAAACCAAGGCACCACUGUAUCAUCAUCAUCAUCAUCCUCUUUCAUUUAUAUACCACCUUUCCAUACAAGGAGUACAAAGGUGGUGUGCGCAGUUUUCUCAUUCUCAUUUUAUCUUCACAACAGCUCUGUGAGGUGGUUUGGCUGAGGCAGCUAGUGGCCCAAGGUCACCCAGUGAGCUUCAUGGCCAAGUGAGGAUUCGAACCCUAGUCUCCCAGGUCCUAGUCCAGCACUAUAACCACUGGCUGUCACUAAUCCUGCGUCAGCGGUGGAUUUAGUCGGCUUUAUUUGUUUCUCCUGCGCUGCUUCCCCAAUACUACCACAUUCUUGCUGUCCAGAGGGGCUGCAUUGUCACAAAAGCAGGACAAAAACAAACUGCGACAUUUGUGCUGUAGAAAGGUACUGGAGUUUCAGCAGGAAGUUCUGGGAUAUUCACAGUUUGGAAGUAAAAACCAUGUGACCACUCCAACACUUUCCCAGGUACAAACAGUAUUGAAAAGAGGGUUGUUUGCAACUGUGCUGAUGGCAUGAUGAGCAUAAAUCAUCAUUAAUGUGCUAGAAAAAGGAUGCCUGGAGAGACCUUUCAUUCAUAAUUCUUCCUCAAACUGCCUCAGUCUCUUGUUCAUUAUGCAGCUUCAUUGUGUAAGAAUCUGAAAAGUGCCUGUGCCUGAAUUUGCUUAUUUUCCUCUCCCCUCCCCACCGCUUCUUCCUUUCAUGCUGUGUCUGUUUAGAUUGCACGCCAUUAUUUUAAACUGCAAACCACCUUGGCAACGGCAAAGAGGUUAGUAAGAAAGAUUGGUGUUUAUGUGUAUUUGAUAGUCUUGUUUCUUCCCAUUGAAGGAAUUUGAAGGAAUAUGAAGGAAUUUGGACAUGACCGAUAGCGAUGAAAUAACGUCCAUUUUGGUUUCUCUCAGUUUCGUGUUUUUCCAAUCUUAAGUCCGGCUCUCCACAUUUUCACAACAGUUUGCAGUUUACUCAUUCGUCUUUAAAAAGUCUUCGUGAAAAUUUGCCUGCAUUUCUGUGCAAAUCUCUCCUAACAGGCACAUUUGUUGCAAGCCACUCCCCCAAUGCAAUGCAAUUUUGUAUGCCAUUCUUUAAGAAAUGCACCCAUUUCAAAUGCACUUUCCCUUAAUCUACACUCCUUUGUAAUAUCUGGCUGCAGAAGCGCAUUGCGAAAUUCAGAGAAUUAUAUUUGUCGAAGGAUAUUCACAGCAUCCUACUUUGCGUAUUAUUAUUUCGGGGGGGAAAUGCAGAUUAGGCAGGUUCCAAUCAGAACACAAACAGCUGAAUUUAUCCCCCAACCCAAACUGAAAACCAGGCCCCGUUUUGCUCUCCAAAAGGCCAGGAAGCCAAGAAUGACCAGCUGGUUUUGCUGAUGUGCCAGCGCUGUUAUCAGCCGUGAUAAAUCUCUUGUUUGUUUUGGCACAGGUAUCAAAACCGGGUUGAAAAUUCUCUCAGAGAACACCCGAAGGUCAGAGGAGAAGGCGAGCGGAGAAGGCAAACACUGGCUUGCCCGAUGGAGAGAUGUAGAAACACACUCACAAAAAAAAAACACCUCUCUGUGCGUUAAGAACUGCAGCACUGGUAAAAACAAACAAACCCGACUUAUCUAUUAUUUACUGAAGAUAACGCUGUAAGUGUUUCGGAAAAAGCAAGCAAGCAAGGAAACAAACAAACAAACAAAUUCCCAUCCCAGCUGACAGCUGACGUUCCCACAUUGGUAUGAUCUACAAGUCAGACUUAGCAUGUUACCUGCCAGUUCGAAGGAUUAUUGCCUGAGGUGGAUGGCAUGAAGUCAGGGCCUCUCUGGAGACUGGUAUUAUUAUUUUCCAGCCACGUUCUGCAAUGCGCCAUGGAUGCAAUCAUAGCGUAUGGGGCGGUGAUUCGUACUGGACCCUCCACACAUCAUUCUGGUUUAUUAUUUUGCUUGGCUGUGAUUCCUGUGUUGCAGCGGGUUGGACUAGAUGACCCUGGUGGUCCCUAACAGCUCUGAAAUUCUACUGGUUGCUCUGAUUUUUCCCCAGUGGGACCGACACCCCCCUCCCACCCAGAAGAACAUUUGCAGCGAGAAAAGUUACUGGGCACCAUUUCCCCAACCACCAGCAAUUGGGAACAAAACUAUGUAAUCGUCUACAAUUAUUUAAUUAUUGAAAUGCUGGGAAACCUGCCUUCCAACAUUUCUCCAAUGAAAAUAGGGACAUGUCUCCCUCCCUCCCACAGGAUAGAGCACACCCCGGAAAUGAUCUCUUUCAGCUUCUGCCUUCUGGAAGAAGGUACAGGGUUAUAAAGACUAGGACUAGCCGCCUGAGAAACAGUUUCUACCCAAAUGCGAUUUUGGUUUUAAACGCCGUGUAAGGUAGUCUCUAUGGGAAUAUGUUGUAUUUAAUUAUGGGGUAUCAGAGUUUUUAAGGGGCUAAACAGGCUGGG